UGUUCGCGUCUCGAAGCAAAAAUAAAUAAGGUAACCUAUUACAGUACUUACCAAAAUGGCAAAAGUAGACCUUGUGAAGAAUAAAGCAGCCCUCGAGCAAGCAUGGAAGGAAGUGACGCGCCCUGAAUCCAAAAUCAACUGGGCAGUCUUUGGUUAUGAUGGAAAGACUUUUACUCUUAAAGUUGUGGAAACAGGAGAGGAUGGCUUUGAAGAAAUGGCAGAUGAGUUGAAUGGGGGCAAAAUAAUGUAUGCUGUUUGCAGAGUAAAUGAUCCAAAUACAAAUUUACCCAAACUUGUUUUUGUUAAUUGGCAAGGUGAAGGUGUUCCUGCCAAUGUUAAAGGAGUAUGUGCAAAUCAUAUUCGUGAUGUUACUAGUUUAUUCAAAGGAUGUCACGUGACAAUAAACGCUCGUUCAGAGAAUGAUUUAGAUUAUGACAGUGUAUUGGAUAAAGUGAAAAAGUCAUCUGGAGCAAACUACAGUAUCCACAAAGAGAAACCAAAACCAGUCGAGCAGAUCAAACCAGUCGGUGCAGUAUACAAGAAAAUAAAUCCAAUUCGCGAAAUCGAUAUUAAGAAACGUGAUACGUUUUGGAAUAAGCAAGAGGAAGAAGAACGAAGUCGGGUAUCCCAAGAAAAGCAAAUGACAGAGAAAAAGAGACAGGAAGAGGAAGAAAAGCGCAAAGCUAGAGAGAAAAAGGAAGAAGUUGCUCGUGAUGAGAUGAUCCGCGAAAGAUCAAAAUCGAUUGACCAGCAACGGGCCGCCAUGGUAAAACAGGAACCAAAACGAGAAGAAGAGAAAAAACGCUAUCAAGAUAUGAUGAAGGAGAAGGAAAGGGACGACCAAGAAUUCCGAAAGAGAUCCGAUUCUGAGAGAAAGAAAAGAUUGCAGGAAGUCCAGUCUGCAAUUUCUUCUCGACAAUCAGUUGACUCGGAGCGCAGCAAGUUUGCCCCUGCUGCCAAGAGCAAAGUUCCUCCUCCGACACAGCCAAAGAAAAAAGUUCCUAAGGUCAUCAAUGAACCACAGGAGGCUGUACAGCAGCAAUACGUCUCUACUGUAGAUACUACGCAUGAUGAACCUAGCCCUGUGCAGGAGCAAGCCCCUGUUGUUAUAGAAGAGCAAAAGGAAUUACCACCUAGCCCUGUGCAGGAGCAAGCCCCUGUUGUUAUAGAAGAGCAAAAGGAAUUACCACAUGUUCCAGCUGUAGCCCAGGAUUUGCCGGAGCCUGACCAGCAAACCUUUUCAACUGAAGCUGAAGUCGAACAGCAAAGUGAGGAGGUUGACCACCAAAGUCAGGCAGCUGAAACCGAAAAAGAGCCCGAGAUCACUUCAGGAACUCAGAAUGUCUGCACUGCACGAGCCUUGUUUGACUAUAGAGCAGAGGGUCAGGAUGAAAUAAGUUUUGAUCCUGGCGAUAUCAUCGAAGGGAUUGAGAAAGUUGACGAAGGUUGGUGGAGGGGAACGGCUCCAAGCGGAGCUUAUGGACUCUUUCCUGCUAAUUACGUCGAAAUCAUUGACAACGAAGAGGUUAGAGAACUUCAUUCUAUUGCCUCGGAAUGUGGAUAUUCCCAGUGGUCGAACUGCGAGGGGGAGGGUCAGGAUGAAAUAAGUUUUGAUCCUGGCGAUAUCAUCGAAGGGAUUGAGAAAGUUGACGAAGGUUGGUGGAGGGGAACGGCUCCAAGCGGAGCUUAUGGACUCUUUCCUGCUAAUUACGUCGAAAUCAUUGACAACGAAGAGAAGCAGCCUACAGUAACACCAACUAUUCAGGCUCCAGCUUCUCAGGCCGAGGAACAGACUCCAGCUUCUCAGGCCGAGGAACAGGCUCCAGCUUCUCAGGCCGAGGAACCGGCUCCAGCAAGUCAAGGCCUUUCUGCCAAAGCACUUUACGAUUACCAAGCAGAGGGUGAGGAUGAAGUAAGCUUUGAUCCUGGUGAUAUCAUCGAAGAGAUUGAGAAGGUUGACGAUGGUUGGUGGAAAGGACGGGCUCCAAGUGGAGCUUAUGGACUGUUCCCUGCUAAUUACGUCGAGUUGCUUGAUUCACAAGAGGCAACGGGCACAACCGAAAGCCAACCCGAAGAGGCUCAAAUGACAAGUCAGCCACAAGGGAUUUCCGCCCGAGCCCUUUACGAUUACCAAGCAGCUGACGAAACUGAAAUUUCAUUUGAUCCUGAUGACGUCAUCACGGAGAUUGAUCAAUGUGACGAAAACUGGUGGAGAGGACAAGCGCCUGAUGGACGUUAUGGGAUGUUUCCUGCGAACUACGUUGAACUUAUUUAGCAUCAAACAAAGCGAUUUUCCGCUUCAUUAAAUCAAUCGGCACGAUAUCUAGCUUUUUAAGAAAAUUUUAUAGAUAUAAAACUAAGCUUGAUUCUUAUCAGGGUAUAAAUGUCACGCUGUACUUGAAUGCAGCAAAGACCAAUUUGCUGUUCUUUAGAGGAAGAGGUGCUUUCGUGAGAGCAUGUCUUAUGUUGCUGAGUUGAACUGAGUAAAACAGAAGUGCAGCUUUAUAGGCCCCAGAUUAAAGCCAAGUACAUUUUAUUUGCUUUAAUUCUUAAUGUUUUGUCUUUGCUUAUAUCUCCACCUUGUACUCCUCGCCAAUUUUCAGUAUCCACAUUUGCACCCAAUGUUAGCUUUUGAUAAUUAUUUUUUGUCAAACAAACUUUUUGUAAAACGGUUCGUAAAGAUUAACUCUCAGUAAUAUCGUCAGAUGUUGCUUUGUGAUGAACAGUUGACAUUUGUUCUGCUUUUAUUAUCCCUUGUGGUCCCUGUGUUGA